ACCGCCAUGUACAGUAUCGAGCAGAGUGUGAGUGUGCAAGAUGCCAGCGCAGCUUUUCUGCAUCUCACGCAUGCCUUUGCGCAUUCUUUGCGGCCGUUUGCCCACAUUGCCGACCCGCGGCAGAAGCAAUUUGUUACGACGUGCUGAAACGGCCAGAAGAGAGAGAGAGAGAAAGAGCCGUGGAGAAGUCGGCUCCGCUGUCGAAGUGGGGAUACAAAUAGGUUGGAGCCUGUCCGUCCCCUGGGCUCCAGUUUCGUUUGCUUGUAGAACGGAAGAGGUUGUGUUGGCUCACACGCCAAGCGUAGGGAUGUCGCCUUUGGCACUGCCGCGGGGCGUGUGGAAGUCGUGGAGAUCUGGCGGUGGAGCAUCACGAUGGAUAGUCGCAUGGCUCUUGAAUCAAGUCCUGGUUCGAGUUAUUCAAGCGAGACUGGAAUACGAGGAACACCCUCAAGGAGUGUUCAACUCUUCUAGUCAACGCUAUGUGGAGACAGACCUAUUUCGCAACAACGUAGUGUGGCAGAGUCGCCGUCCGAACAUCAUAUUCGUCAUGGCGGAUGACCUCGGCUGGAACGAUGUUGGCUGGAACCCCUACUCCAGAGUGAAGACACCCACGCUGACCAAACUAGCGGCAAAGGGUGUUAUCCUCUCCAAUUCUUACACACUACCAAAGUGUGCACCGUCACGGUAUGCCUUCAUGACUGGCCGCCAUCCAAUCUACUCUGGAUUCCAGGCGACUAACGCACGGCCCGAUCAACCAAUCGGCGCUCCCCUGGACACGCCACUCUUCUCCAAUGUCAUGAAGAAACUCGGCUACGAAACACACUUGAUUGGAAAAUGGCAUCUUGGCUUCUGCAACUGGUCUUACACGCCAACGGAGAGAGGGUUCGACUCAUUCUUUGGAUUCUACGGUGGCUCCACAGAUCACUACGUGCACUGGAAACUCUGGAAUAAGAUGCUGGGUUAUGAUCUUCGCAGCAAUAAGGAGGAAGUGCAUGAGCAGUUCCGCAACAGAUUCUCCGCUCACAUCUUCACAAAGCACGCUCUGAGGGUUAUUCGUAAGCAUGACAGAAGCCGGCCGCUGUUUCUGGUCACAACGCUGGCUGCUCCACAUGCACCCAUGCAGGCACCCAUACGCUACAGAAGACUGUACCGACGGCAGGCUAAAGAAGGAUGGUCAGCCAAGGAAAUGACAUAUGCCGCAAUGGUGACUGCAGUAGACACUGCCAUUGCCAGGAUAGUGUCAAUGCUGAAGAAGAGGAAGAUGCUGGAGAACUCCAUUCUGAUUUUCACAUCGGACAACGGUGCGUUUGCCCCGGCCAGCAACUACCCAUUGCGGGGCACAAAGUCAACACUGUUUGAAGGAGGAACACGAGUGCCGACCAUGGUGUACAGCCCACUGCUACAGAAACAUGGUUAUGUCAAUACGGAUCUGUUCCACAGCACGGAUUGGCUACCGACAUUGGCCUCCAUUGCUGGUGCAAAACCGGAGGACAUUCCACACAAUGUGGACGGCAUGGACGCCAGCCAGUCGCUACUCGCGGGCAUGCCCUCGCCACGGCAAGAAGUCCUGUACAACGUGGAAAGAAACGGCGGUCGCUACAAAGCGUCCAUCCGCGACACGCGCUGGAAGCUGCUGAUUGGAAGCUGGAAGAAAAUAAGAGCUGGUUGGGGGAAUGAUAUCGAUGUCAUGCUGAAGGCACAGCACCCGAUACCGCUCCGAUCGCUGCUCAACCCGUCCGGCGUGCCGUGGAACACGUCCGCCUCGUACUCGCGCAUUGCACAGCAAGCCGGCCUGGAGAAUACGGAUCUCAGCGGCCCGUACUGGAUCGGGACCACUCCUUACUCGCUGUUCGACCUGAAAGAAGACCCGUGUGAAAAGAUCAACUUGCUGCACUAUCGUGGUAGCCAUGACGACCAGUUCACCCGCCUGUGGUCACGCUUGCAGGUAUACAUGUCCAAGACACACGACGAUGUCGUCAAGGCAACCAAGCCAACCCGCCUGGCCGAUCCACGGCGUUUCAACGGCUCCUGGUCCCCAGGAUGGUGUUGAAGUGUUACACGCAAUGGAGCUGGCGGAACAUAUCCACUUCCAAGUGAAGAACCAACUGGCAUUCUUGGCCUUCAAAUGCUGCUCAAAUUUGACUUGUUUUUUGGAUACCAAUUUGGAUACUGUACCAAGAAAAUUUGGGCUUUGGUAUAAUGCACAAUUCUCAAUUUUCUAACCCCCCCCUCGAAUCCGGCAGCUAAAUUUGUGAGCUUGAGAAAGUAAGUGAAAGAGACUUCUAACUGCUCAUCCAUAAUAUUGUUAAAACAUUUCCUUCCCUAGAAGACGAUAAGGAGCAUCAUUUGGCCGUUGAAAUUUUCACCGUGACUUGACUCGCCGAGCAAACACCCGUUUUCCCCAAAGGCAAUUCAUCAAGUUUCCAGCCUCAGAACACCUUCAGGAAUAAAUCUUGAAAGGAGAGAGGUUGUUAAUGAAAUAUAGUUUAGCAUCUCGAAUAAUAAUUACAACUGCAGUUGAUAAUCUGAUGUUUCUGUGAGUCGCUUAGUCCACCAUUCGCUUAGAAUUAGUAACUUAAAUCUG